AUGCCAACAACUCCGGCUGGUCGCAGGGCCGCAGCUCGAACAGGUGGUGCUGCAGCUGCCGCUGCCGUCUCAGCAGCUGCACGGGAAGCAGAACGUGAAGAACGUGAGAGGAUGCGGCUGGAGAAGGAGAGGAAAAGACGCGAAGCCGAGGCAAAAGCUACAGCACUUGCUAAGAGACCAUCACGCCACGCCCCACGUGGGAUGGGUAUGGUUUUCAGAUCAGCUGGCGAUGCUCAGCAAAUGCAUCCAGAUGGACAGCUGCCAAUUGGAGCCAAUACAGCAUCACCGCUUCAACCACCUAUACCAAAGGGCGAUGGAAAGAAGGGUGAUGGCAAAGGCAAGCCCGCAAGGAAGAGAGGCGGAAAAGGCCGCAAGGGCAAAGGAAAGGGGGAUGAUGAUGAAGACCAGUGA